GAUUUGCGGCAUCGCAUUUUUAUUUCAAUUGUAUUUUAUGUUAAAAGAGAUAAGAAAUUAUAACGCUUACGGGUUUAAUAAUUAAGCGUUUAACGCUAUGUAUCAUCGAUUUGGAUGCGGAACUAAACGCGCAUACAUUGCAUCAUUAUAUUCCAGAACUCUUAGAGAUAAUUUACCUUUCAAUAAUAUAUAAAACCGUUUCUAUGUCACUUUUUCAAUUAAAAAGUUGAGACAAAAAGAAAACCUUCAUGCUUGGAAGUGACAUUGAUCUGAAAUUCCGUGGAAAGAAAUUUCGAAUAACGAUUGGGUUUCGACAUUCUACGUUUUUUUCAAUCUUGCGUGAAAACAAAUUUUCGUAUUUAAUUUUAUUUAUUUAUAUAACAAAUUGAACGAGCUAAUUAUAAUUUUUUUUUAUUUAUAUUGUAAUUCAAUAUUAUACGGUAUAUAAGAAUAAUUUCUUAAUUUAAUUAAAUCGAAUUUAUACAUCUCUAUGAUGUAAUUUUGAAAAGUUCUCUGUCUGCUUUCGAUCGAGAUUAUCGAUACUUGAAAUACCAUCUAGUAUAGAAUAAUUCGAAUUAACAUUGUACAUGCAUUUCUGAUAACUGAUCGAUUUUGACGAAUUGCUGGAGUGAUAUUUCAGUGAUCUGUAAUUUUUAAUAUAUGUGUUAUAUCAUUUAAAAAAAAAAAUAUUUGAUGUUAAAAAUUAAUCGGAAUGAUAAAGUUUUUCAACAAUUUUAUUAAAAAUUAAAAGAUCAUUAUCAAGGAUAAAAAUUUAUAAUUGCAGCAACGAAUGGUUAAUGAAACAAUAGUUCUCACCUUAAUAAUUAGAUGUCACUGUGAUCAAGGGAAGACAUUUUUGCUGAUAAAACCAAUUCUCAUUCUGAUAUAUUCUUAGAUAUUACUCCAAAAUUAUCAAUGAUAGUGAUUUUAUUUUUAUUUUUAAUGAACCGAUUUACAAGUUCGUUCAAAGAAUCGAUUCAUUAAAAAAUCAUAUUCAAAAGAUUGUAUCUACCGUGAAUUGAUUCAUUAUCGAAAAUAAUUUAUAAUACAGUUUUUAAUAUUUUAUCUAUUAUAGCAAAAAAAAGAUUUUUAAAUGAGAAAUGACAUUUAAAUAAAUUUAGUGAUCUAACCUAGAAAUGACUAUUUGUGGAAAUAUUAUAUAUAUAUAUAUAUAUAAAGUUUAUUAAUACUUACUAUACAUAUCAUUUGGAAUGUCAGAUAUAACUAUUGUUCAAAUAUUAAAUGAAAUUGAUCAGAUACAGUAUAUCUUAUAUACCGAAUGGAAAAGUACAUGUUUUAAGAUCAUGUUAUUUAAAUCAUCUGCAGUUCCAUUAACGGGAGAGAUGCCCGAAAAUGAUAUAAAUUAUUAUUCGCAAGAACAUUCAAAGUCAUUUAAUGAAUAUUUGAAAGAAACCAAAGAUAUAUUUUCUGGUAAGAAUACAGAUAUACAAUAUUUCUUUCAAGAUAAUAAAUUUGAAUGGAGAAGAAAUAAACGAUGGAUUUUAGGAAAAAUUACAAUAUUUCCCAUUUCCAAUAUUGUUCUUAUAUCUGAAAUUUUAUAUGAUAUAUUGAAACAACAACAACAUUUACAAAAAGUAAUUUCAGAAUUAAGAAAAGAAAAUGAUUUAUUGAAAGAUAACAAUAAAGAAUUAAGCGUUAAUAUAGAGGAAAUGAUCGAAAUGAAAACUAAUAUGGAAAAGGAAUUAUAUAAAAAAUUUAUCUUAAUUUUAAAUGCAAAAAAGAAAAAAAUUAGGGAAUUAGAAGAUAGUUUGAAAAAUACAAAAUAUGAACAAAAGUCACUAUUUGAUGUAUCCACAGAUCAGAGUGAAGAUUCAGAUACGGACGAUAAAAGUGCAAAAAAUAUUGAAUUACACGUAGGAAAACCAAUAUCUUAUAGAUGCAUGAAUAAAAAUAAGGAUUCAGAUAAAAAAAGUAAAAAAUCUUUUUAUGUUCCUCACAAAGGAAGUAAACUUAAUAGUAGAAGUAUUGUAAAUGAAAUGGAAGCAACGACUAGUAGAACAACUGAAAAACAAAAUUAUUUUGAUAGCAUUCGAAAUGAGAAAAUGAAAUCUGUAUCUAGAACAUCAUCAAAGUCAAGUAACGACAGCGAAGAUGAAUUUGAAUUACGAUUGUCAGAGACAUGUACUGACAAACAUAAUUUAGAUUUUACAGAAGAAUUAGAAGAAGAAUUAUUUUCUUAAUGAAAAUUUUUAGUAUUAUACAUAUUAUAUAGUACAUACACUAUUCAUAAUUUAUGUACAAAGAAUGUGCAAUUUAUUUAAUAUUUUUUAUUUAUGAAAUAAUAUUGAUGAAAUCAAUAAUAAAUUUAUUAUAUAAUAUAUCGUAAGAUAGUUAAUAAUAGUUUAGUACAUAAUAUAUAAAUUUGAAACUUGUAAUUUUUUAAUAUUUUACUUGACAAAAAUGUAAAUUGUAUAUUUUUUUAAUCAUAAAUCAUGCAAAAUAAAUAACUGAGAGAUUUAUAUAACUUUUUAUAUAUAAUAUAUGUAUGCAUAUGCUUAUAUGCAACUAAUGCAUUAAAGAGAAAUCAAGAAAGAAAUAAGUAAAAAUUGAAUUACAUGUUGUGAAUCACUAUACAUUGUAUAUUUUAUAAAAUAACUUUAAAAAAGAUAUGUUUACAUUAUAUGAUUAAUAUUAAAUAUAUAUAUGUAUUUUGUUUUAAUUUAUAUUUGGUUGUAUAUGAUAGCUCGGAUAAUGUUGCACAUUCUUGUAAUAUGAAUGACCUCUUGGUUGUCUUAUAUGCUCUUUUCUGAUAUAUACAUUUUUGUGAUUGGUGAGACCAAAGAGAUAAAUAGGAAAAUCUAGCCAUUUAGUUGAUAUCAUUUUCCAAUGAUCUAUAGGACAACAAUUUUCAAAAUGUAGUAUUCCCAUUUUUUGAAAUAAUUCAGUACAUUUAGUUUUUUCACGAAUUGGCCCAGUGGGUAUUUUGUAUAAUAAAAAAUGUGUCCAUGGA